UCUAAUGAAAAUUCAUUAAACGCCCAUCUCCAUAAUCCUGACUUCAAUCCGACAUCAGAAGUGGGAUCAGGGCCAUACGUAACGAUGGAACAACUCAUGGCUAUCGUGCGCCAGAUAACUCAGCCGCGAGAGCAAAGACCGAGUGAAACAUCUACGAUCGUGCCGCUUCCGCGUUUUAACCCCGGAAGCUUGGGUUCCGACCCAGCCGCAUGGUGUGCGACUGUUGACGUGAUCAUGGAAGAAAAACCUUUGCAAGGCGGUGCGCUACUUUGUGCCUUGAGUGCCGCUCUAGAAAGCCCGGCAGCGCAGUGGCUUACACAAGUACCUGCUACUCAAAUUUCCUCUUGGCCAAAGUUUAAAGACCGUUUCCUUACACGCUUUGGUGGGAAAGAGACAGCUGCCACGGUGCUAUGGAAGAUGAAAAACCAAGCACGACUGGAGGGUGAAACCCUGGGAGAUUACAGCAGCCGUUUACGUUCCUUCCUGAUGGCGAGGUGGGAAAGGUGUACCAAGGACGAGAUAGUCAACGCUGUCGUGCUCCUUCAUAUAGGUUCACAGGACCAGCGCGUCCUACGGAUAGCACUCACGAACGAUAUCAAGACCGAGGACCAGCUCACAGGCGAAAUGACAGUGCUCUUCGAUUCUGUGAAGAGGCCGGCGUCUUCAGUAAGCAACUCCUCCGCGAGUCCCGAAGCUAAACGGCAUAAGCCU